AUGGUUCAAACUGCGCAGCCAGUCGUUGUAUCCCUCCACGACCUCAAGCAGGGCAACAUUCCCUCUGAGACGCUCAAGGAGGCUUUUGGGCCAGAAUCUCUAGGAAUACUGGUAGUUAAAGAUGUGCCGACCGAGUUCAGUCACUUGAGACAUCAGACACUGUCGUACGCUUCCUACUUGGGCAACCUACCUGAACAUGAGCUUAAAAAACUAGAGAAUGAAAAGGCCAAAUACCUGACGGGCUGGUCGCUGGGAAAAGAGACACUCAAGAGCGGCCAAGUUGAUACGUUCAAGGGGUCAUACUAUGCCAACUGUGCAUUCUAUGUCGAUGCCAAGCUUGACUGCGCCAAGCCAACCGCCGAUUUCAAUACAGAUAACUUUCCCGAGUACCUGUCGCCCAACGUGUGGCCGGCACAGGAUGUACUUCCGGGAUUCAAGCCCAGCCUCGAGAGCUUGUGCCGUGUCAUCAUUGACACCGCAGUCCUGGUCGCCCGGGCAUGCGACAGAUAUGCCGAAAACGAGAUUCAGGCCUAUCCCAAGGGUUACUUGGAGCACGUCGUUAGUACGUCUAGUACGACCAAGGCGCGCUUGUUGCACUAUUACCCGCAGACCCAGGAAGCACUCUCCGAAAUCGGCGCCGCCGACGAUGACUGGUAA